AUGACCCUUCAAUUAGCGUACGUUCAUCUAAUUCACCGCCAUGGUGAAAGAACCCCUCUUUUGUUUGGCCCGCACGAUCGCACUAAUUGGAAUCUCUGCCAUCGCACAUCUAAAAUUAGCUAUGUGGCUCCAAAUAAGCCGCACACUUUAACCGAUCGCAUUAAGGGGCUUUUAUCUUACUUCCAGCGCAAAGAAUCACCACCCGUUGAGUUUAAUUUAACGCUCCAUUCGGGUCAGGAAUUUAACUGUGCGCCCGGACAGCUGACUGAUAAGGGGCGAGAGACUCUAACUAAACUGGGCGCCUGGUUCCGCCGGCGUUAUGUUGAGAAAGAAGGUUUGAUUAGUCCCGUUUUCAAGAAGGAAGAGUUUCAACUGCGCUCGACUAACUUCCAGCGCACCCUUGAAAGUCUACAAUCGUUAAUGCAAGGCUUAUUCCCUACCCAUCCUGCCCAAAUGGAUGUGCGUGUCAAUGACAUAACCGCAGAUAGUCUUGGGAUAAGUCGACACUGUCCCCGGCUGAAAACCCUAACCAACCAGUCCCAAGCCGCACUCAAAAAGGAGUUCUCACCAAAAGCCGACCUGCUUAGACACUACUUUUCAAAGAACUUCUCGCCGUCCCUAGCCGCCCUUUCUCCCUACGCUAUUUAUGACUUAAUUGCCAGCAACCGUGCUCAUGGCUUCUCACAAUUCCGACAGGUGCCACGACACAUCUUAUCUACCUUAGAAGAGUACUCUUUGCGCCUCUGGUUUGGCCAUCUCAACACCCAAGAAGGCAUAGCCCUCAAUACCGGGGCACUCCUUAAUGAAAUUUCAAACCAUCUCGUUCAUAAGGCAGCCGACCCAAACCUACCCCUCAAAGCCUCUAUCUUCUCCGCCCACGAUGUCACUGUCUACCCUUUACUUAAAGCUCUCGGCUCAGAUCCUAAGGCUUGGCCCAAAUUCGGAGCCAAUGUUAUCUUCGAACUUCUUAAAGAUAAAACCUCGCAAGAACAUUACGUUCUUAUGCGUUACAAUGGCCAGGAGGUCCCAAUUGGUCUCUGUAAACGAGAAAAGAAAGGACGCUCCGAAGUGUGCCCUCUAGAAGAGUUUGUGCGUAUCUGCAACUCUUUCUAUUUCAGCGAUCUAUCAGCAGAAUGCCAACGCGAAUAA